AUCGCCAUCGAAGCUAACGCGCUUUCUGCCGCUCUAUAACUAUAGUUCGCGCGCGCCAUGUGAACUUAUGUGUUGACUUAUGUAGAGACAUGAGACGCGUCGGCGUGCUCGGGAAGCUUGAUUUUGACUUCAUAAUGACAUUUGCCGUUAUGGACAGUGACUUUGGUGCCUGUGAGCUGAGAGACAAUAUAGUGGUACACGCGGUGGGCGCACGUGCUCUCCUCUGCUUCCAAAAACUGACGGUAAGAUGUGUAGGAUAUUGUAAGCGGGACUCAUUAGUUGUGCGAACGCAGGCCUCGUGCGAAGUGGAGUGCAACGGAGCCAUUGCUGCCGCAACGAGCGAGACACGCAACGCGCGGUAUGCGAAGAAAGCUCAUCUCAAACACAUCGUACUGGCUGAACAAAAAAAUGUGCUGAAGGGGACUCGAUGUGCCUCUCAGUACUGCGACGCUGACCUGUUAAAAUGUCGGGGAUUGUUCUGGAGAGUGUUACUAAAGGGUAACGUCAAUCUCCCCUCAUGCCUGCGGCACAUUGGGGUCAGUACAAAGACCAACCAGCAACAUGUCAUGACAGUCCAUGGCAUGGGUGACGUACAAUCGGCCUUUUCGAUUUUAAAACGAGAGAAACAGCUGCUUCAGUUUGAAGGAGACAUGGCGUGAUGCUGGGAUCAGGGGAAACAAAAUGGCGACCUGACCUUAUAUAUUAAAAGCCUUCCCUGGAGGCGCAGUUGGCAUCAGGAAGCCGAGCUGGAAAGCUGAUGAUGGUGGUUUUCUCCAGAUGGCGCAACUUCAGCUUCGUUUGACUCCCA